GUUUGCCGGAAGUAUUAUGUAGUGAAAGAAUAGGACGCCAAACUAGAGCAUCCUGAUCCUGACGUCUUCUACGCACAUUUUUUCCCCUCAUCGAGCGUUUAAAUGUCAUCGGGGAGACUACAAAAUACGACGUUUAAUCGGUGCUCUUAAAAUUUUUGUCCCUUUGGAUUUUAUACCACAUUCCUUCUCGUUGUCGUCUGUGAUGGCCGACAGCGUCCUCAGCAUCAGGACCAGUUCAGGAGGGCCGGAGCCGCUCGGACCUACGACAAUCGAACAACACACCUAACUCCAUCACAGACCACGUUGCCUUGACUGACCUUUGAACUUCCCGCAACAACCCGCCAGCCCAUGAUGUUAAAAUGGUCGCCGCCAUGACAGCGCGCCACGGGAGGGGUGCGCCGUGAGCAGCAACAGAGCCAGUCUAGAUGACAUCUUCCGACGCAAGCAGGAUGUCCCAGCUCCUGGCGGGCCUCGGCGCCGACGCCACCGAGAAGGCUCGGCUCGAGCUCAACGAAAACCCAAACACGCUACACCAGGACAUACAACAGGUGCGUGACAUGAUCGUGACUCGUCCAGACAUUGGCUUCCUGCGUACAGACGACGACUUCAUCCUUCGCUUCCUCCGAGCGCGCAAGUUUGAUCCGGUGGAAACGUUCCGCCUGCUGGCGCAGUACUUCCAGUUCCGACAGCAGAACCUCGACAUGUUCCAGAGCUUCAAGGUGGAUGACCCCGGCAUUAAGCGAGCAUUGAUGGACGGCUUCCCGGGCGUUCUGGAGAGUCCGGACCAACACGGCCGGAAGAUCCUCAUCCUUUUUGCCUCCAACUGGGACCAGAGCAGGAACUCGUUCACAGACAUCUUGCGGGCCAUUCUGCUGUCGCUGGAGGUUCUGAUCGAGAAGCCCGAGCUGCAGAUCAACGGCUUCGUCCUCAUCAUUGACUGGAGCAACUUCUCCUUCAAGCAGGCCUCGAAGCUAACGCCCAACAUCCUCAAGCUAGCCAUCGAAGGCCUGCAGGACAGUUUCCCGGCCCGCUUCGGAGGCAUCCAUUUUGUCAACCAGCCGUGGUACAUUCACGCCAUGUUCACCAUCAUCAAGCCUUUCCUCAAAGAAAAGACCAGGAAACGGAUUUUUCUCCACGGCAACAACUUGAACUCGCUCCAUCAGCUCAUCCAACCCGAGUGUCUGCCGUCCGAGUUCGGGGGUACGCUUCCGCCGUACGACAUGGGCAUGUGGGCUCGCACCCUGCUGGGUCCUGAUUACAUGGACGAGACCGAGUACACGCUCACCUACGACGCCCUGCACGUCCGAGAGAACUGCGGGGGAGGCGCGGACAAGGAGCUCAUGAAGAGGUCUCAGUCUGUGGUCAAUCCUGCCAUGCUGCGACAGACGGACAGAGAGACCAGCACGCCGCUACUGGCCCUGGACUGAACACACACACUCACACACACCCACACACACACACAGUGCUGGAUUUUGACUUGUGUUGUUUCGUCCCGUCCAGCUGAACUUUGACUCGUACUUCCUGUUUCUGAGCCCAAAUGUGUGUGUAUGCUGCACGCACACACACACACACACACACACACACACACACACACACACACACACACACACACACACACACACGCACACACGCUCUUACCUGUGAUUGUGUGUCCCCACGCUGGUUAAGCGUGUUAGCUUUGAGGAGGAAUGUAGAAAAGGUGGUCAUGACUUUUAAUGGUGACAGUGAAUGUUUGCUCACCAUCAUCAUCACCAUCUUCAUCAUCUGUGACAAUGACGCCCUGACAUUCAUUCACUCAAUCAGUGUGAUUGUAGAUGACAGUUUCUGAACUUUUUACUGAGCCAAGGUACACAUUCGAUUUAACCUUAGAAAAAUAUCAAUGCUCGCCACCAAAUUCAAAAGCAGAAUGUUUAUCGGUUAUCAGGGAAUAUUCGGUUAAUCGUUUCAGCCCCUCUGGUCAUCUCUCGAGUCCACUAUGUAAAAAUCUAGGUCCAAGAUUU